AGUCCUUGUGUCUGCCAUGAACAUCUCUCGCUGCCUUGGCCGCCAUCCCAGCGGGGGGCCUUGGGCCCUGGACAUGCGGUGAUUUCAGAGCAAGAGCUAUCAUCACCACCCAGGACCUUGACAGCCAUGCAUGCCCAUCCAAAGGAGAUGGUGCCACUUGUGGGCAGAAGGGCCACUGGCCCCAGUGGGAACCCUGUUGUCCUGACAGAGAAGAGGCCAGCGGAAGUCACCCCCACCAAGAAGAGUGCACACUUCUUCCUGGAGAUAGAAGGGUUUGAGCCCAACCCAACUGUUGCCAAGACCUCUCCCCCCAUCUUCUCCAAGCCCAUGGAUUCCAACAUCAGGCAGUGUGUCUCUGGCAACUGUGAUGAUAUGGACUCCCCCCAGUCUCCACAGGAUGAUGUGACAGAGACUCCAUCCAAUCCCAACAGUCCAAGUGCAAACCUGGCCAAGGAAGAGCAGAGGCGUAAGAAGAAGCGGCUGAAGAAGCGUAUCUUUACAGCAGUGUCUGAGGGCUGCGUGGAGGAGCUGGUGGAGCUGCUGGUGGAGCUGCAGGAACUUUGCAAGAGGCGCCGUGGCAUGGAUGUGUCUGACUUCCUCAUGCACAAACUGACGGCCUUGGACACGGGGAAGACCUGCCUGAUGAAGGCCUUGCUAAACAUCAACCCCAACACCAAGGAGAUCAUUCGGAUCCUGCUCGCCUUCGCUGAGGAGAAUGACAUCCUGGACAGGUUCAUCAACGCUGAGUAUACUGAGGAGGCCUAUGAAGGGCAGACGGCGCUGAACAUCGCCAUUGAGCGGCGCCAGGGAGACAUCACUGCGGUGCUCAUCGCGGCGGGCGCCGACGUCAACGCCCAUGCCAAGGGGGUCUUCUUCAACCCCAAGUACCAGCACGAAGGCUUCUACUUCGGUGAGACACCCCUGGCCCUGGCAGCAUGCACCAACCAGCCCGAGAUUGUGCAGCUGCUGAUGGAGAACGAGCAGACAGACAUCGCCUCCCAGGACUCACGGGGAAACAACAUCCUACAUGCACUGGUGACGGUAGCUGAGGACUUCAAGACACAGAAUGACUUUGUUAAGCGCAUGUACGACAUGAUCCUGCUGAGGAGCGGCAACUGGGAGCUGGAGACCACACGCAACAAUGAUGGUCUCACACCGCUGCAGCUGGCCGCCAAGAUGGGCAAGGCCGAGAUCCUCAAGUACAUCCUUAGUCGCGAAAUCAAGGAGAAGCCACUCCGGAGCCUGUCAAGGAAGUUUACUGACUGGGCAUAUGGCCCCGUGUCAUCCUCACUCUAUGACCUCACCAACGUGGACACCACAACAGACAAUUCUGUACUGGAAAUAAUCGUUUACAACACCAACAUUGAUAAUCGGCAUGAGAUGCUGACCCUGGAGCCUCUGCACACACUGUUGCACAUGAAGUGGAAGAAAUUUGCCAAGUACAUGUUCUUCCUGUCCUUCUGCUUUUAUUUCUUCUACAACAUCACCCUGACUCUUGUCUCUUACUACCGUCCCCGGGAGGAGGAGGCCCUUCCACACCCCUUGGCACUGACACACAAGAUGGGGUGGUUGCAGCUGUUGGGGAGGAUGUUUGUGCUCAUCUGGGCCACAUGCAUCUCUGUGAAAGAGGGUAUCGCGAUCUUCCUGCUCAGACCCUCAGAUCUGCAGUCCAUUCUGUCAGAUGCCUGGUUUCACUUUGUCUUUUUUAUCCAAGCUGUGCUUGUGAUACUGUCUGUCUUCUUGUACUUGUUUGCCUACAAAGAGUACCUCGCCUGCCUCGUGCUGGCCAUGGCCCUGGGCUGGGCGAACAUGCUCUACUACACGCGCGGCUUCCAGUCCAUGGGCAUGUACAGCGUCAUGAUCCAGAAGGUCAUUUUGCAUGAUGUCCUGAAGUUCUUGUUUGUAUAUAUCGUGUUCUUACUUGGAUUUGGAGUAGCCCUGGCCUCACUGAUUGAGAAGUGUUCCGAGGACAACAAGGACUGCAGCUCCUACGGCAGCUUCAGCGAUGCGGUGCUGGAGCUCUUCAAGCUCACCAUAGGCCUGGGUGACCUGAACAUCCAGCAGAACUCCACCUACCCCAUCCUCUUCCUGUUCCUGCUAAUCACCUAUGUCAUUCUCACCUUCGUCCUCCUCCUCAACAUGCUCAUCGCCCUGAUGGGAGAGACGGUGGAGAAUGUCUCCAAGGAGAGUGAGAGGAUCUGGCGCCUACAGAGAGCCAGGACAAUCUUGGAAUUUGAGAAAAUGUUACCAGAAUGGCUGAGAAGCCGAUUCCGGAUGGGAGAGCUGUGUAAAGUGGCAGAGGAAGACUUCCGGCUGUGUCUGCGGAUCAAUGAAGUGAAGUGGACUGAAUGGAAAACGCACGUCUCCUUCCUUAAUGAGGAUCCAGGGCCCAUCAGACGGACAGCAGAUAUCAACAAAAUCCAAGAUUCUUCCAGAAACAACAGCAAAACCACGCUCAAUGCGUUUGAUGAAAUGGAUGAAUUUCCAGAAACUUCAGUGUAGAAGCAGAACCCAGAACUGGUGUGAGCAUGGGGUGUUUGAUACUGCAGGUUGGGUCCUGGACUCUCUGCUGUAUGCAGAGUGGUGAUGAGAAGACAAGCAGAAAGCACCUCAGGCUGAGUGGGGGAUGUUGUGAGAGGCAGCUGUUAGCGUCCGAGAGGGAACGAAUCAGAUUUUCAUAUUCAGGAGAGUUAGUGUAAACCCAUGGCCAGCAGUCCUGAGUCUUGGAGGCUCCUGAAGUCUGGGUGAAGUCCCUGGUUUGAUCAGCUGCAGGUCAUCUUGGCUGGGACGACAGGUGUUGGAGAAGGGUAGGGAUCUGAGGGGCAGGGAGGGCAGUCUUUCCCAGCCCAUGGAUUCCACUAUUUCCCUUUCUAUGACUGGGUCUCCUGAAUAUGUGGGAGACUUUAGGUCCCAUCCCAGAAUGUGCAAGAAUUGAGUUAAAUUGGAUAUCCUGGGGGAGAAGGGGAAUGAGCUAUGGAAAUGCCUUUCCAGAACCUUCAGGAAACAGGAUACCCUUGGAAUGAAACUCAAGGCUCAAACCAUCUCAAACUAAGAGAUGUUUUUAGUAGUGUAAUUAACACAGCAUUUUUAUUUUUAAUAUAGAAAAGACAUUUCAGUUUUGAAUAACAAUCACUUCAGGUGAAGUAGGUGAAUUUAGAAGCUGAGAAAUAGAUUUUGAGCUUUCCGGUUGCAUGUACAGUAUUAUAUACUUGGCCUCAGUGUGGCCAGAGCCCAACAAUAAGCUUUUCUUUAUUCACAGGAGGCCUGCAGGAGAUGGACUGUGAUCUGGGUGAAAGGGCUUGGCUCUUUCCCCCUGGGGUCCCAUAGGGCUGCCUCUGAGCUGGGAGUGGCUUCAUCUGGGACAGAAAUAGCAGCUGUUCUAUUUUAUGGGUUUCAAUCUCAGAGGUGACUAGCAUACCACAGUUAUUCCUCAUUGGGGAAUUUAGCAAAAUAACUGAAAUGCUCUGUAGCAAGUAUUUUGUUCAUUGUGAAUUUUGAGGCUGAAGGAGAAGGCUCAUGAGAGAGAAGUAUUUGCCAAGGUUGGGGCCUAUUUUUAGAUCCUCACCCUCAGAUUUUCUGUCCCCUGAAAUUCCACAGAGUUUUGGGGCAGAGGUGGAGACUAAAGAAAUUUUCCAGUUGAUUAGAGCCCAACCAAUCAAAAAUCCACUGUCUUCUGUUAUUCACUGAAAGGAUUCAUGUGGGAAUUUUUGAGGUAGAAUUAUAAAGAUGGUCACUAUGAAUUUUAAUUCUAAAUGGGGCCUUCAGAUAACUUGGCAAUUGGCAAGUUGUUCUUACUUGAGGCAAACUGAGUCUAGGCUGUUCUCCACUGUGGGCUGCUUUGUCAGCUUAGGUAGGUAGAAAUUUGGCCUCCAUGUUCUUGAUGGGCCAGCUCAGGGGGAGGGGUGCAGCAUUGAGAACUGCAUGAUCUGCCCUAGUCCCUGCACACCAAGCUUCCCAGGGAGUCAACAAGUAUUCUGAGUGUAGCAGUCAGACCAGGCUCAAGUGUGAACAGGGGAAAGAAGGCUAGCCAUGUGUCUCCAGAGAAGGGAAGACUUGAAGGGGACAUCACGGGAGCAGAAGGAGAAGAUGUGUUGCAGAUGGACAGAACUAGGCAAAAAACCAGAGAAAGAUUUUGGUUUCAUUCAGUCUCCACCUGCUCCCAGUGAGCAGAGAUGUUUAAGCAGAAACUGGUUAAACAUUUAAUGGAGGUGUUGCCAAAGAAAGUAAUAGAAUGAAUCUUAAGAUUCCUUUCAGUCUUGAAAGUCUGCAAAUCAAUAUUCUAUAGCUAGAGUGACCUUGCAUUUAUCCUGAAUAGAUGUCCUUGUCUUGAAGGAUAGCCAUUGGAUCUAUGGUGCUAUGUACUAGGAGCUGGGAAUUCCAGAACUGAAUUGACUUACAUAUUGAUGGGUAAAAUCAUAUAGCUCUCCAUUUCCCACUUGGGCAAAAGCUGGGAGGUUAGUCAAUAAUUGGACAAAGGUCCAACUUUAUACCUGGGAGCUAAAGCUCUGAAAGGAACACGGAGGACAUCAUAUCAGAGUUGUUGAGGCUGGAAUGUCCUAAUUUUAGGCCACAGAUAUCUCCCUGUAUCAUUGUUUUUAGCACAGUUCAGUAAAUUUAAGUCUAUCUUUGUGGUUGGCACAUGUCAGGGGGCUAGGAUUUUUGCUCAGAUAACUCAUCUGGCAGUCAGCAUUGUCCCUAUAAUCCCUGUGAUUUGUCUAAAAUUUAAGUGUGCACACAGUUGUGCACAAAACCACACACACACACACACACACACACACACCCUAGCAAACCCUGAGCCUAUCAGGAUAUCUUCAGACUCCAUGAUUUACAUUUCAGUCUUUGAAGGGGAAGGCUUUUUUCCAGUGAUGCGAUCUCCCAGGCUUAGGCUAUGGUUUGACUGCAAUGCUGUCUUCCUCAGGAAGAAUUCAUUAUUGUAGUCAUUAUAUCAUAUGUCUGUUGGUAAUAAAAAGGGUGCUUACCUUCCUCCCUGGGAUGUGGGAGAAAUUGUGCCAGGUUGUAUACUGUGAAGCCAUUUAGCUCUUAAAGGCACCUGCCCAAGAGAGUGCAGUAUUAUUGACAUUCCUUUCCUUCCUCAAGGCCAAGUGAACUGUGUCCUCUGCUCUGGGUGGGGCCCAGGAAAUGGGCUAUUAUCCAGGCCUAUAAGCCAUACUUGAUUUUUGUAUCAAUUUACUUGUUUUUUUCCUGUGAUCUUGGUUCCAAACAAAGAAUUGUCACCCCAUUCUCGUCGAUGGUGCCUGACCCUUGUAAGUUGUAAUUUACAGUCAUAUUCUUAAGGGUAUAUGUGGUGUGUGUGUGUGUGUGUGUGUGUGUGAG